UCUGUCCAAUUAAUAUAAUCUAUGUAUCGAGUACAGACUCGCGUUCUUGUGAAUUGAGAAACGGCCCCUGCUCAGUCCGCAGCCAAAGAUUCCGUUCCUGCUCAGACCGCAGCCAAGGACUCCGUUCCUGCUCAGACCGCUGCCAAGGACUCCGUUCCUGCUCAGACCGCUGCCAAAGUCUCCGUUCCUGCUCAGACUGCUGCCAAAGACUCUGUUCCUGCUCAGUCUGCAGCAAAACACUGAAGCGGGUGAUGAGCACACCAGUCCGACGCGGGUGAUAAGCACGCCAGUUUGCCGUCCGACGCUGGUGAUGAACACGCCAGUCCGGCGUCCGACGCUGGUGAUGAGCAUGCCAGUCCGGCGUCUGACUCGGGUGAUGAGCACGCCAGUCCGGCGUCUGACUCGGGUGAUGGGCACGCCAGUCCGGCGUCCGACGCGGGUGAUGAGCACGCCAGUCCGGUGUCUGACUCGGGUGAUGAGCACGCCAGUCCGGCGUCCGACGCGGGUGAUGAGCACGCCAGUCCGGCGUCCGACACAGGUGAUGAGCACGCCAGUCCGGCUUUCGACGCGGGUGCGGUACACUGAUGUCCAUCAACCUGCGACACAGGGACCAAGGAGGGUCCACUGCCUGGAUGUGAUCCGGGGACCCAGGCAGGUCUGGCGCCUACCAUCGACGCGGGGACCCAGGCGGGUCCGCCACCUACCAUCGGCGCGGGGACCCUAGAGGGGACGCCGCUUACCAUUGACACGAGGACUCAGAAUGGCCCACCGUCUGCCUGUGAUACAGAGACCCAGGGGGGUCCGCCACAUCCUGAAGCCUGUAGCCAGGCGUUUCAUGUAGCCAGGCGUUUCCUGUGCCAGUAGUAGCACAUGUUUUGUAGCUACUGGCUACAAAACAUGACAGUAAUGUGAUGGCCCUUCAAGACUAGGCCUGUGUUGAAGCACUAGCUAAGACAGUGAGCUAGUGCUAACAAUAGUUAGCCCAGGCAGGCAAUAGAUGGCGAUGGCUCAGACGAUAGUCUAAGCCACUAGCCACAGUCAGCUGCUCCAACCACAUGGAAAAACCAAGAGGCAGCUAACCUUGAGACAAUUACUACUGGCUAACUGUGGAUGGAAUUCUAAACAAUAAUAACCCAGAGUUACUGAAUAAGGACACGACAGGGGUGAAGUUCCAGCACUUUUAUUGGGAAACAGAGCAGAGAUCACAUAGAUGGGAAGUAAUCGCACCCCACGGUCCCGCUGCAGUCUGCGUCAGACCUGUCUCUGAAUAUUUUCAUUCUUGCGUCCCUUCUAAAUACCCCACAGCAGGCCCACAGUUGGACAAAACAGAGCCAGUCUAUCCUAGACAAUCAGUAUUCUGCAUAGUAACACGCAAGCAUUGACCUUGCAAUCAGCAAAUAGUGGAUCUCAUACACAGCCAUCAUAUCUGCAAGCCUCCUAUGUCCGAGUGGCGUGACACCAUAGUGACUGUAGGAUAAAAAUCCCAUGACACUAACACAAGGGAUGAGGUUAAAACAAAAUCUGCGGGAAACCCAAGAAAUGGGAAAAGAGAGAGAGAAGAGAAGAAAGGAUAAGAAGGGAAAGUAACUUUAUGCUGUCAGUGUGGCUGUCUCACAGAAACCAAGAUAAAACACAACAGCUUAUCACCUGAAUUCAAACACACAAUAUAAACAUUCAACAGACAGUUCAACAAACUCCUUCUGGAGUAAAACAUCAGCAUUAAACCUACUUCUAAUAGACCUCUGCCCAGGUUUAGUAUUGAGUUUCUAGAUAUAGAAAAUAAAUGAAAUGUUUUUUUCCUUUCUCGUGCUCUCCGGUGGGAGAUCGGUCCACCCAAGAACAUAAUGUGGCUGGGACAAGAGGCUGGUGGCUCCUUGCCAAGUGUUUCCAACUUCAGCGGCAUGUUGGAGGAGCGUCGGCUCGCCCGGUCUGCACGGAGCUGCGGUAGUGGUCCUGGUGAUCAGCUUGGCCUAAGCAGAAAAGACGUUGCCUCGUCUGUCGACAGAAAGGGGGACAACUUCUUUGUCUUCUUCUUGGGGUUGUGCGCUUCAAUUUGGUUAAAGGACCUCCUCUGUUAGUCCCACAAAAGAUGGUAAAAGGGAGACCUAGCAGAUUUGAAAAGUAAAAGGUGAUUCACGUGUUCAUGCGCAGGGUUCUCAUCUGAGAUGGCAAAGAUCCUCUCAGUUCCAGUAGAACUGCAGGAAGAGAUCAAACUAGUCUUUGCUGUGGCUAUUUUACCUAUUAGGUGGAGUUGCAGGCAUGUUGCGAGUCAGAGUUCAAGCCAUGUUGCAUGCAGAGUGCCGUAGUCCAAGCAGAUAUAUUAAUGCAUGACAGAUUCAACUCUCAUAACUAGUGUUCAGUGUGUAUACAGUAACUAAAAUACUAUUCAAUGCCAUUUAGUAAGAAACUACAUUCGCAGUUUCUUAUUUAUUGUCGUUUGUCAUAGACUGUUUUAUGUCUCUAUUGGUCUCUUGCCUUAUUCAGGUUAGCAUGCUGGGAACCAAAGUGUCAAUCAGUCAUGAAUUCUAGUUUGAUCAAAGUCCUAGUCAGGGAUACAUUAUUUACAACAGCUGUAUGUGGUAAGUGUUGGCUUGGAGCUCAAAGACAUCACCGUCUUCAGAAUACAUCGGUAGAAGUUAUUAGUCAGGGGUCAUACAUAGUGUAAUGAUGUCUUGCAUAAUAUUUAUCAUGAAGAAUCAAGAAGAAGCUUGUAACCAUUCCUUACAUAGCAGCAUCUUUUACGUAACAUGAAACUGUUAUGUGGACUUAGCUUACCCUCUCUUUUUGCUUCUCUCUCAAUGAAUGGUAUUACUUUUUUGUAUCAGGCUGUCAGUGGUAAGGUUAGGUUACCCUCACUUGCAAGUGAUACAGCUUCAUAAAUACCUUGCUUCUCAUAAAUAAUAAGCAAGCUUACCAGCUGAAGUGGGCAUUUGCAUUGAGGCUGCAGACAGGUCAAGCAGUCAAUGCAGAGAACAGCAGAGCGAAGAUGGAUAUCUCUGUUCUGCCCAACAAUAAUCAUCCUGAAAAGUUCCUACAGCUGGAUGUCGGGAUGUUGGAUGCUACACAUGGUAUGUUCCAGGUUGGCGCAUUUGUUUCCAGUCAGAGACGAUGGCAGAACAGGGUCUAUUUGCAGAGAGACCAAACAGCUCAACCUGAUAUAAACACUCCUCGAUUCCCAGAUGGAGGUCCUGUGGUGUUUGUGGACAGAUAUCUGGAGAAGCACAUAACUCCAGAAACUCUGAAGUCUAACAUCAAAAGGAAUCCUCUUUACAUGGAUAUAAAAUCCAUAAACACCGAGGACAAAGAGAAGUUCAAGCCUUCCUGGACCAUCGAAGAGUACGACACACAAACCAUCCAUGGCAACAUGGCAGAUUAUUUUAAGGACACCAAAACUCCAAAGGAUCUGGACUUCUGGCUUGAAGACCUCUACACUCCAGGAUUUGACUCUCUGCUCAAGAGAAAAGAAGCAGAACACAGGAGAAAAAGACUUUCCAAAAUUCUUCCCUCAAUAAUUUUGCUUGUUUGUGCUUCUCUUAUUGUCAUAAUUGUGCCAAUUGUGGUUUUGAAGAACUGAUUUGGAUGUUGCCAUUAUGCUGUAAAUGACAUCCUCUCUAAAGAAAAUAGAGGUAUACUAGUGGCUGGUCAGCAAUAUGAGAGACUAAUAGUGCAUGCAGGGGCUGCAUUGACGCAGUGGGUAGCACUGUUGCCUUGCAGCAAGAAGGUCCUGUGUUCUAGUCAACCCUGGGUCUUCUUGCCUGUGCUUGAGGACAACACACAGUCUAGAGGCCAUUAAAGGUCCCCGGCCAAGCUUUGUAUUACCGCAGAAACCAAGAAUACAUUCUGGCCCUCAGUGUGUCCUCUGCACACACUGUGGGAACAAAUACACCAAACACUAAAUUGUUAAAAAAAAGUCAAAUACAAUCCCAUAAAUAAAUAACCUUUUUACCACAAAAAAGAUUGAGAUGUUUAUUGCUGUGCUGUCUAACCAUGGACUAGAAUUCAGAUUGAAUUAAUAACAUCUACCAUGAGGGAGAAGUUGGGAUGGGUUGUAGCAAAGGAAUUUCACAGAUCCACACAGAGACAGCUCUCUCGGCAGGGUCCCUAGUAGGAGCCUAGAUUACUCCUCACACUAUCUCCCACUUCUUGCCUGGGACUCUGAAGGAGAGGGUGGCUGGGGCCAGCCACUCAUACCGGCCAGCCAUGCUCCUUCAUAAGAUUCAAAAGACACACAAGCGGACAAUGGGGAAAAACUUGUCCUCUGCGGAGCGGAGGACCCGACUGGGUCCGGAAAUCUGCCGACUAGAUCGAAGCUAAGUUUGCAGUCUAACUUCUGCUAGACGCCAAAGUAAACAAUCCAUCAAUGCCAAACCCAGCUUUGUUUAUUAUUCUCAGCUGUUGCAGGAAGCUGAUUCUAGACAAUGUGGAGCGGCCAAAAGCCGACACAGGACUCAGUAUCCCAAGCUGAGAGCAAAAGCUGACCUGGAGCCGCCGCUGCAGGGCUGAGUUUCGCAUGCCGGGGAGUUCGACUACAUGUAGGACCUCGGAACGGCCUGUUCCGACCGCGUUUCGGCUAGCUCAUGGCCGCCUUUCUGCUGCUGCUAAGCAGCUAUCCCCUGCUUUCAACUUCUCCCAACUGGAUGCCCAAACCAAACUGAACUCACACGGAGGCACCGAUAGGUUUGGCAGAGAAACAAACAGAGAAAGUUAAAUGGUUUAUUUAAAAGGUUUACUUAAUGCAUUGUACGAGAUUACAGAGACUGGACUGCAAAGUUGGUUCCCAUGGAAAUUACAGAUAAAUGGACUCUGAAGGCAAGGUGUCUGGUGAGGGGAGGCAUCCACCAUCUCGCGUCUGCUCUUCUGCACCAGCUGACAAAAUUGAACAAAGCUGUUUCGGCAAUCUGUACUUUGCGACUGGUUUGCUCAGCAGUCAGAGUGAAACUUAGCUCUGUUCGAGGGUGUUGCUUCCCCUUGGUCAUUCCAUUGAAACAGCAGAUGAGUUCAGCAGACCCUGGGUCAAGCAUGGCUUGUGUAUCAGUCAUGGGCCCGUGCAGGGCCCAUAGUCUGAGCAGCUUGGGGAGGAGAGCGGGUCGCAGAAGAGAAGAGCUGAAGAAGGGGGUCUGAAAAAUGUGUGCUCUCACU